UGUAGUACUAAUAUAAAGUUUUUUUGCGCUUUUUUAUUUGCGGUCACCAUGCCUUCAAUUUUUUUUUUUUUUUUUUUUUUUUUUUUUUAAAGAACGGGACGUUAAACUGCACAGAACUAUUUUGCUUUCUUAGGCAGGCAUUUUACAUGAAGAACAAGAAGUGAACACUAAGAAGCGUUACGUAAAGAGAAAGGGGGAAAAAUCAUCACACAUGAUGACGCCAGACGGACCUCCAUGAAAUCCCCCCAGACCAUCUGCAUUCCUUGGACUUCGGGACCAUCGCUGUUUUUAACUGUCCCACCAUGAGCGUUCUACCUCCUGUAAGACGAGACCGUGUCGUCGCCCAGUUACCCCAGCCCUUCACUAAAGAAGCUGCUCUGCACACCAAAAAUGAGUUCAACUCCCGGGUGAAGACUGCUUGUCAGGAGCACAAAACUGGCACAGUGGGCAGGUUUAAGAUCUCAAAGGUCAUUGUCGUGGGUGAUCUGGCAGUGGGAAAAACCUGUCUGAUUAAUAGGUUCUGCAAGGACACCUUCGAUAAGAACUACAAGGCGACCAUUGGAGUGGACUUUGAGAUGGAGAGGUUUGAGGUGUUGGGCGUCCCAUUCAGUCUGCAGCUGUGGGACACAGCAGGGCAGGAAAGGUUCAAGUGCAUUGCUUCCACAUACUACAGAGGAGCUCAGGCUGUCAUAAUUGUGUUUGAUGUCAAUGACGUAGCCUCCUUGGACCAUACAAGGCAGUGGCUGCAGGACGCCAUGAAGGAGAAUGACCCAUCCAGCGUGCUUCUGUUUCUUGUUGGUACAAAAAAAGACCUCAGUUCUCCUGCUCAGUACUCCCAGAUUGAACAGGAUGCAGUGAAACUGGCAGAGGAAAUGAAGGCAGAGUACUGGGCAGUGUCUGCAUUGUCAGGUGAGAACGUGAGGGAGUUCUUUUUCCGAGUGGCGUCACUGUCCUUUGAGGCGAAUGUCCUGGCCGAGCUGGAGAAAAGUGGAUCCAGACGUGUUGGAGAUGUUGUCCGAAUACACAGUAAUUCCAGCAACGUAUACACAAUGUCGAGGAAGAAACAGUCUAACUGCUGCAAAUGAAGAGGGAUGUUAAAGUUACAAGACACAUUGCACUACAGUAUAUAUGGUACCAAAGCCCAGUGACGCAUGUCCAUUGAAGUCAAGCGAUCAAAAAAGACACACCCCAACUCCUCCAGCACUAAACAGAACCAGUGCUCAAAUGGUCCAGUGCAUACUGGAACAAAGCACUCAUGUUUGUGGUACAGUGGUUGGGAUUUAAUUUCAGCUGACCCAAGAAGUGGUUCUACAGUCCAUUUCAGUUGGGUUUUCUUAAAUUCCUUCAGUGUUUAUUUUAGCCACUCCUUGGUAUAUAACGGUACGCAUGUCUGUAUACAGACUUAACUAUGCAAUAUGGAACUGCAUGCUGUAACUGAACAAUCAUUAUAGUUAUGAUAUAGUCAUUAUUUAGGUAUUUAGUAUGUAAAGAAGGGGUGCUUACUAUUGGCAAACCAGUAUCUGCCUUAGUGAGAAACCCUAACUCACUUUUUACCGAGCAAAACACAUUUGCUU